UCUUCAAUCCAUUACCGAGGUUCUGAAGGUGACAGCCCUGGCAACACAGACAAGAAACGAUCACUCCAAGACGCGGGAUAUUUUGUGUGCACUUCCUUAAAAAAACCCAAACAUGAAACCUCAGUUAUUCGCCAUCGACCUAAUACUUCUGUGCAUAUCUUGCGGAGCAAGUGCAUUGGCAACGAGCAUUCCUGCGGUCUCUUCGUCCCUGUCAGGCGCCAAUUUCACCAAUCUAAGCGCAGCGCACAGAUAUGGAACAGACACCACGACUAUCUCGAAAAGCAGGAGGAAGCGUUAUAUUAGUCAGAACGACAUGCUUGCCAUUCUCGACUACCAUAACAAAGUGAGAGGGAAGGUGUUUCCUCCAGCAUCCAAUAUGGAAUACAUGGUGUGGGACGACACCCUGGCCAAGACAGCCGAGGACUGGGCUCAUGCCUGCCUGUGGGAGCACGGGCCACCUCACCUCCUCAGGUUCCUGGGUCAAAACCUCUCCGUCAGGACGGGACGCUAUCGUUCCAUUCUCCAGCUGGUGAAGCCAUGGUACGACGAGGUCAAAGAUUACUCCUUUCCAUACCCCCGUGACUGCAACCCUCGAUGCCCUCUCAGAUGUUAUGGACCAAUGUGUACUCAUUAUACACAGAUGGUGUGGGCCACAUCCAACAAAGUCGGCUGUGCUGUUCACACGUGCCAUAAUAUGAACGUAUGGGGAUCAGUGUGGAAGCGGGCAACGUAUUUAGUUUGCAACUACUCACCCAAGGGUAACUGGAUCGGAGAGGCUCCCUACAAAGUAGGCGUGCCCUGCUCCGCCUGCCCUCCCAGCUAUGGUGGCUCCUGCAGCAACAACAUGUGCUUCCCCGCUCUCAAGACAAACUACCUGCACUGGUUCAAAUAAACACAGGUUUCCUCUCGACAUAAGCUGACAACCUACAGUACCACAGAGACAUUAUUUUAAUCCCGUAAGGAUUUGCACAACAGUCGUGGACCACACUUUUUUGUAUAUAUGGGCUUAUUUAAAGACACAAACACACAUUUUGAAGGCAGCAGACGAUUUUGAUGACUUGUAAAUAAACUGUAAAUUAAUUUGUUAUAUGACUAUUUGAAUUGAACUAUAAUUUAUGUGUAAAAUGGGUCCUGAAACACAGUAUAUACUGUUUGUGGUGCUGCAUAUUUUACUAUGUAACCGCUGACAAUGUGGUAAUUAAGGACAUAACAAGAUCAUAUAGCUGCUCAUAGCUGCUCACUUUGGUGCUACGGGCAUCACACCUUCAUGUUGUGUGCUCUGCCUUCACAGGAAUGUUGUGAUCUAAAGAUCAAAGCUUUUGACCUCAGAGGUUAAAACCUACACUGGCAGUGUUAGCUUUGGUGCUGCUGUAGGUACAACACACUUCAUACUGCUAUUUCCAUUUGUGUAUUGCAACAAAUUGGCAACAAAAGUGCACUUACUGUAAACUGAAAAUAUAUGGCAAAAUUCAUCAUCUAUUCAUCAGUCAGACUGGGAGGUCUUUAUUUGAAGACCAUAUGCUAAUAUAGAUGAUGCCUCUGUUGUCAAAAGCCCUGUUUGUUUCAACGUGUUCACAGUGCAUAUGCAGUUUUAAUCUGCACUGAUUAGGUUAUGUUUCAUGUCAUUCAUAUUUCACAUAAUUUUUUAUGCUAAAAAGAGCACAUACAAUAAAGCUGACCCACAUAUUUGUUUUAUAAUCAUACUUGUACACGGUAUAUUGGUAUAUCAUAUACCAGUAUAUCAAUAUAUUGGACAAAUCCAUUGUUUAUAUUUUGUUAUGAUCACUGAUGUAGUUUGGUUUUUGGAGUUAUAGGCACUCAAGUGCACCUUAAUUUUUUUCUUUUUUUUCAAAAUUUCCAAAAUACCAGGAAAACAUUUUUUUUGUACAUGUAGAUAAUCAUUAUACCUUGACUAUCCUAAAACAAGUAUACUGUAAGUUAUUCAUUUUUAUAUGGGAAAAAAUAUUUAAUUGAUAUUCUUUUUUUAUUGUUUUGUAAAAGGAUUGUAAAUAUAUCUGAACGAUUAAAAAAAAUACUGAAUAUGG